AUGAGGAAAAUUCACGGCGUUCUGCUGUGUCUCUGCCUCACGCUCCAGCACUUCACGCGAGCACACCCCAGAGCUGAUUUAGAGCCGGAAUUUGUCGGUGAACCCACUAAUGUGACGGUUACCGAAGGCUCAACUGCACUUUUAACGUGUGUUGUGGAAAAUUUGGGAUUUUAUAGAGUAGCUUGGAUUCGAGUAGAGAGCCAGACUAUUUUAAGCAUCCACACCCACAUCAUUACUCGCAACUAUCGCAUUACUUUAGAUCACAAGAACCGCCAGAACUGGAAUCUUGCUAUUGCAAGUGUGGAAGAGUCUGACAGAGGACAGUAUAUGUGUCAGAUAAAUACUGUGCCUAUGAAGAAGAGAAUUACGUAUCUUGAAGUUUUGGUUCCACCGAAAUUUGUGGAUCGCGGAGAGAACGAAGUGAUGGCCCGAGAAGGCACAAACAUUACAUUGAGCUGCAAGGUGAAAGGUUAUCCACCCCCUACUGUAACAUGGGAAAGAGAAGGAGGACAAGAAAUAUCUGAAAACAUAGGGCGUUCAACACAAGGUGAAGACUUGCAUAUUGUGAAAGUAAGCAGACUGCAUAUGGGAAUGUAUGUUUGCACUGCCACUUCAUCCUUCUACCAGGGACCAGCGUAUCAACCUGUGACUAGAAAUAUCAUGCUGCACGUGCUUUUUCCUCCAAUGAUUUGGAUUCCUCAUCAGUUGAUAUUUGCAUCUCUCGGUGAUACAGUUUCCUUGGAUUGUUACACAGAAGCUUUCCCGAUGUCCAUUAAUUACUGGACAAAAGCUGAUAGCUGCACCAUACUGCAGCCGAGUGAAAAGUACUCUGUCAGUAUAUCUGACAAUAUCUAUCAAGUGAGCAUGAAACUUGUCAUCACUGCAGUUGACCAGGAAGAUUUUGGCAGCUACAAAUGCAUAGCUAAGAAUUCUCUUGGUUCCACGGAAGGAGUUAUUAGACUUUUUGAGGCCAAAGUUUCGAUCUAUAACCGAAAAGAGGAAGUGGAUGCAGAAGAGGAAGAAGAAGAAAAAAGUAAAGAUGAAACGGACACCACGUACCGAGAAACGUAUGAAGAAGUGCGGAUCAAAGGUAAAUAUGCAAGCUAUGAACUAAUGAGGAAUACCAACACCAAAGAAAGUCGGCUUCCAAAAAGUGCUCACUUAGAGAGACAGCGGAUUUCAAAUUUCAUUACAGCUUUGAAUUGUGCUGACUGCCUGAGGGACGGCGGAGCGUUUUCCCGGCUUUUCAUUGCGACCGUUUGGAUCUGUCACUACCUUUCGUCCAAACUGAUGGCCCUUAAGUGAGGAUGCUUUUGGGUUCGUGAGCGAGAGAGUGCGAGAUAUAAAACUGUGAGAAAGUGAGAUAAAACGAGAAAUUGGAUCUUUUCUUCUCAGACAUUUACUUUCUUGAAGGAAAUGUGAAAAAAGUGAAAAUAUCUUCAUCUUUUUUUUUUUUUUGAAUUGUCACUAUGCAAUAUUUAUGAGUUAUAGAAUGACCACCAAACAAUUUCUUCAUUAUAAAAACAAUUGAUGUUGCAAGCACAAUAACCUAAAUUAAUCUCAAUGCUUAAAGAAAACCACAACCGUUGGAAAAAUUGUUGUGAUUAGUUUACAAUAAUUUUUUGUAUAUAUAGCAAUAAAUGAAUUGUAAGGUUGUGGACUUUCAUAGUUAUAGUAUCAAAUUUAUUAGAAAGUUGGAUAUUUUGAAUUAAAUAAUAUCACCCAUAAUGUUGUUUAUUCGGUUGUUGGAAAGGUUAUAUUUGCCAUUCUACAACUGUAUGUCGAAGGUUGACUUCAGGGAUUAAAAUUCUUGUAAUUAUUUAGUAUCAGCUUAUCAUCACUUAAUCUAUUUACACACUUACAAUAGUUCUUUCUAAAAUGCAUUAAGAAGGAAAUACCGAAUUUGUUAUAAAUCUUAUCUGGUUGUAGAAUUAAUACAUAUUUCUAUUAGGCAUGUUUAAUUUUAGUUAAUAUCCUUCUUUUGUACUAGCAAUUUCUUAUUAAAUGUAACAGACGUUUCCAUAACUUU